CCCAUACAGAGUGCGCGAUAUACCCAUAUGCAGAUAUUACAUCUGACUUGAAAGGCGCACCAGCAAAGCAAAGCUCAUACAUAACGCACAGCCAUUCAAUAACAUGGCCCCUCUUUUACCUUCUUCACCACGGUCUGCUUCAUCCCAACGAGGAGUUAACAGAGCAAGUAACGAUGAAGUCCCACCUCGGCACCUUCAGGGCGCAUCCCAACCGGAAACAGCUCAGGACACAGACGAGCAUCUCCUCUCAGGACCGCAGCCCCGGCGGCCUCCGCAGCACCAACAACGGCCAGAGCAGCAACAAGAACAACCUGGUUCAAACCGGAGCGCUCACUUGAGAUCAAACGGCACAGGCGCGGCACUUUCUCGCGCCUCAAGCAGCGACGACAUUAGCACCCGAGAUGGGCGUCGCAGCCCAGCCAGCUCCCUCCAUCGAAGCAACACCGCUAACAGUGGAACCGGCAGCGACACUCCCGACACGCUGCUCAACGGCCCGCACCCCAACCCCUCUACCGCCCCUUCACAUCGUUCAUCCCACCCCACCAACGGUACCGGCAACGGCAGCCACCGCCCACCCAGGCCCAACCACGGCUCCCAGCGACGUCCCCCCAGCACCACCGCCCCAGCUCCCCCCAGCACCGCCACCUCCUCCAAGCGCAGCCAGCCGCCCGCCAGCCCUACCCCCUCCUACACCUCCCCCCUCGGCCUCUUCAACAGUCUCAGCAGCCUAAGCAGCCUAGGCAGCGGCCUCUCCCUACGCCGCCAAACCUCCCUCCUCUCCAUCCUCCGCCCCGCCGCCUCCUCUCCCUCCGCCGCCUCCCCCGCCGCCUCGCUGUCGACGCUGUCCCUCCCUCCGCACCCGCCUACCCACCACUCCCGCGGUGUCACCACCACUCGCCGUACCCUCUCGGGCUCCUCCCCCCUGUCCCUCUCCGCCUCCCCCUCCGCCCCGCCGACUGUCCCCGCCCACCGCACCCUCUCUGCUACCGCCCCGCCCCCUCCCUCGGCCUCUGGCGCCUCCUCCGCCUCCCGCACGCCCUCCCCUGGAGCUCUCAUCCGCUACGUCCUCACCCCGCUG